UGUCAGAAACAGAACCAGUCUGCCAACAUGGAGAAACUCCUUCUGCUCAUCACUGCUGCAUCAGUGUUGUGUGCCAUCAACUCACUUUCAACCCGUGAAUACUACUUUGUUUAUGAGCAAAAGACCUGGCAAGAAGCCCAGCGUUACUGCAGGGAAACAUACACAGACCUGGUAACCAUUAAGAACAUGGAGAUUCUCAAGAUCCUUGAAACGAAAGCAAAUGCGACUAAAAUGCCUACCUGGAUUGGAUUGUAUGAGAAUCUGAACACCUGGAGGUGGUCAUUUUCAAACACUAGUGUCUACCAACCGGGUGAGGAGAUGUACAGGAACUGGGCAAGUGGAGCUCCAAACAACAGUGAUGGAAGAGAAAGCUGUGCAACGAUAAAUGAUGACGGACUCUGGGACGAUGUGCCAUGUUCUUUGACCUUAAAUCCAGUUUGCUCUGAUUUCAACGGGACAGAUGUGACAUUUUCCUACAUCGACACUGUAAUGAACUGGGUCCAGGCUGACACGUAUUGCAAAGAACAUCACAAUGACCUGGCCAUUGUGAGAAACUUGGAAGAGAACCAGCAGAUUCAGGGCCUGAAUAUAUCAGGAUCACUAUGGAUUGGUCUUCACCGAGAUGCUUGGAAAUGGUCAGAUGGAACCAGAGCACACUUCACCAACUGGAGGAAGGGAGAACCCAACGGAGCGGAGGACUGCUGUGCAUCCAUUGACUUUGCAGACUCUGGAGUGUGGCAGGACAGGGACUGUGGUGAACGGCUGGUAUUUAUCUGCUACUGGGAUGUACCAGUUUUGAGGCGAGUGGUGAAAUUGAAGCUGGUGAAACCAUCCUCUGUGGAUCUGAAUGACCCCGCCAUAGAGGAGGAGUUACUGAACAAGUUGAAGGAGAAGCUGAAGGAGCAGGGGCUGAAUGAAGACAUGAAAAUAAGAAACCUGCGCUGGAGAAAGCAGCCAAAUGGAAAGGUUUUCCACAAGGAAAAGUAGACGUUACUUUAAGAGGAUAAGAUCUGCUCUCUGAAAGCGGCUUGGUUAUUUGUUAUUUUCAUGUUUCUUCAAAUAAUUUGUCAUAUUCAAAUGUCAAACUUAAAUGAAGGUUUCAGCUGUUGCUCUUUACUUCCCUUCUGCACAUUUCCCCAGAUCUUCCUUUUGAUCAUCUCAGCAUCUUAAAGAGCAGACGCCAGAGAAAAGAAAAGAACAGUGUAAAAGAUCAUUGUUCUGACAGAACUUUGUUAGGGAGUGGUGGAAACAAAAGGCAAAAACAUUUUUACCCAAGAUUUUGAAUUGGAAAGAACAGAUAAUGACUAAAAAUCAAAACAUGUCUUCAGGUGCAUUUGUGCCAUAAUGUUGCCCUAAUUAAUGAGCCCCUCCUGCACUCAACAGCUUAGUCAAGUGAAACCCUGUAUAGAUAAUAUGCUGAAUGUAUUAGACAUAGUGGUUUGAAAUGAGGGAAACAUGCUUAGAAGAUGAAUACAGGUUUUUUAGGGUCCUAGAACAGAUUUAUGUUCAUGUCCAUGUUUGCUGUAGAAACGUACUGAACCUUCUCAGAAUCAUAUCAAAACAAAAAGCAAUACAGUGAAAUAUUUAAAGAGAUGGAGAACCACAGAUUCCUCAGAUGUAGGAAAAAAAUGCCCAUUAACUUUUCUGAAUAUGUACGAAUGCCCAAAACCAUCCAAACUGCUCUUCUGCCAUCACAUGAAAAAAUCUUCCAAAUACACUCUGGUCUUUUCGGUCUUCCUCUUAUUCUAAUGAAUUUGUAAAAAAAAAAUAAAUAAAUUGCCUCUGAAAUACUCUCAGCCAUUUUCUAUGUGUAAGAUCAGAGUAGUAAAUCUAGAGAGAAUGGCUGAAACCGAAGCUCACUGGAUAGAAGUGCUCAUCAAAUGCAAGAGGAAAUGAGCAUGACACAAAGAUUAGCAUCUAAGGAUGAUUCAGUAAACUUCUGCUGAGAUCUAAGGAUGCAGAAAAUAUGGUUCUACGGCAGCCUGGACAGUUCAAGAUAGGAGGGAGUGUCGUGUUUGGAAAUGAUUGGCUCUUGCUCGCAUUGUGUUAACCAAAGAGAUAAAACUCCUGCUUUUACUCCCUCUAAGUUUUCUCUUUGCCAACAGCGACACCUUAUGUCUGGCAGAGGAACUGUAGGGAGAGUAACUUAAUGUCCCUCCAGCAUGAGGAUACAGCUGCUUGAUAGAGCUGUGAUUUUAUUCACAGCACCUCUUUAAAGGACAUUUUCAGCAUAAAUGUUUUUCUUUUCUCUUCUUUGCCGUAUCGCCUUUUUUAGACCCUUUUUUUUUACCUCCUUUUUAUUUAGACCCAUUUUAACCUUCCUGGGGAGAAAACUCUGCAAAGGAGGUUUCAAAUCUCCGAUUUAUUAAUAGUUUGUGGAGGCAGAUGUUACAUCAAUCUGUACAUAGCAAAUCUGAUUACAGAUCUGUUUUGAGUGCACACCUAGACUUCUUAUUGCCACCCACACAAUUUCAAAUAGUGUCAAUCAUCAGAACCACACCGUAGCCUAAAAGCAGCUGUUAUCAAUUGUACAAGCACUCCACACUUUCCAGAUUCAGAAACGAACAUUACUUUCCAAAUACGCCAUGGCAACCAAGUUUCAUGUGCACAUUCUUUUAACUCAAAUGACCCAAGCAGCCAAUUGAAACGUGUAUGCAUGCAUCUUUAACUCCUUUUAAAAACUUUAAUGUAACUACAACAGAAAACUGAAAUCACUCUCGCCAGACAUACAGAAGACAGACAUUCCACUUGGAGUUCAACAGGCCGUACAACACAGCCCUUCAAGUGUUGUGAUAAGGUAUGAACUGUUAUUAAGAUGUAAUUUGGAGGUGCAACUCCUCCUUACAAUUCUUCUGAUGUACAACUCAAAGGCAGCUGGGAAAGACCUUUUUGAGUUGCCAAUUAAUGCUGCAGCAUCAUGAGAGUUUGGCAAAAGACAAGAGUUCCUUUAAAAUAAUUUAAUGUGGCCAGUUUCUUAACACCACAAGCCCUCUGUGUGUUAACCAGCCUUAUAAUGAUAGGAGAGUCUAUAGAUUUAACUCAUCUUUCCUAGCUCCCUGAAUGGUUCUUAGGGCUCUUUUUCAGUGAACUUUAUUUCCCCAAAGAGGACCUGGCAGUCUUACACCCUACUUUAGGAAAAAAAACAGCCUCUCUUCCAGGAAAGUAAUAUCUGGCUCCUAUUAAACUUUUCUUACUUGUGUCUACAAUAUCACAUCCCUUUCUAAACAUUCAGGCCCGGUGUUUUCUGUGUGCAGGCAUCUAAAGAAGCAGUCGAUGAAUUAAAACAACCUCAAAUAAUCUUGCAUCCAAAGUUAGAGCAGGUCUCCAAUCCUAAGCCAUAAACAUAUUCCUCCAAAUAUGUAAUUUCCUUCAAAAACCACACAUACCAAACUGAAAGCUAUGUCUUAUCAAAGCGCUGUAAUGUUCUCACCAUGUCUGACCUGCAGAAUUCACACUAGCUCAUGCAUUGAUUCAGUUCUGGUUAAGCUUUUCUUUUUUAGGACUCACAGAUUUCACAAUUAAAUUUCUGCAGAUGACACCAUCAAAUGUCCAAUGCCAUUGGAUCAACUGUCUGUACCCUCAGUAAUCCUGAUUACUUGCUUUGUGCUGUUGAAUAAACUGAACUAAAACAUG